UUUGACACUGCUUUGAAUGAAUUUUCUUGGACAGUGGGAAAAUGGACCGACAUUUUCUUUGCUUUAUAAUGGGUCUGACUGUUUUUGACGAGAAAGAUGAGUGUUUGGUUGCUGAGAAAAGAAAAAGAAAGAGAGAGAGAAAAAAAAAAAAAAGGUUUUGAGUUUAUGACGUUUGGGAGACGGAUGUAACAAAAAUAAGGCUUUGUUUGGUUUUUGUAAAGAAUGAGGAAAAUCAAAGGGACCAUCAAGGGAAAUGGGGUAUUCUUCUGGGAGGGUUCAUAUGUGAUUUCCAUAUAGCCCUUGAUUCUCAUCAGAAAGGCUAUUAGGGAAUAGGGAUGGCUCUAGAGACCUUUGUGGAUUCCAACUUUCAAAUGACAGCACAAUCUCUGGCACCGACUUGGUCGACUGGGGGCUUUGUGGGGUCGUCAAGUUCUGAUAACUUGCCACCAAAAGAUGAGCACUACCAGGCUGUUGUAGCUUCCCUCUUGAAUGCAUCUUCUGGAAACUUGCCAAAUACUGCAUCUAUGAUUGCACAUAUGAAUUUAGAUGGGAUCUCAGGGGAAAUGAAUCUGACUGCCUUAAAUAAUACAACGAAUGGCCUGGGUGGUAGGCCAAGUUCCUUAGCCAAAAAUUCCAAAUCAUCACUUUCAAAGGGUCCUCAUUUGCAUAGAAGUUCCAAUAGCAACACGGAUUCUUACCUAGAGUUACCCACAUCUCCUGCGUCAUUCUCCUCUCGUAACCUAAGCUCAAGCUCUUCAGUUCUUGACAGUUCCUCCAUUGCACAGCAUACAUCCUAUUUAGACACAAACUGUGCACAAGUUCAUAAAAGGAAACAUCAGCAAAAGGUUGCGGAAAUGCAUAAAAAUUCACUUCUAAAUGGCAUAAAGCAGGAUCACCGCACUUCAACGCAAAUGCAUAAGAAACCAAGAUUAGACAUCCAGCAUGAGGCUAUUAUGCACCAACAUAUUCUUCAGCAGCUACUGCAGAAUUCAGAUUCAGCACAAUUGCAAGGCCAUGUACCCCAAUUACAAGCACCGUUUCAGCAGCAUCAGUUUCAAAACCAGAAGUGGCAAAAGAUUUUGCAGUCUAUUUCACAGUAUCAGGGAGUUGACAUGCAGCAGCAACAACAGCAACAGAUGAGGCAGCACCUGCAACAACAAGUUCUGCAUCAAGUACCUGCUAUGCACCCCUCUAAUGAAGGCAUCUGUUCACGCCGGCUAAUGCAGCAAAUAUAUCAUCUGCGGCAACGACCAGCUGACAAUGGUAUUUCUUAUUGGAGGAAAUUUAUUGCAGAGUAUUAUGCUCCUUGUGCUAGGAGAAGAUGGUGCUUUUCUUUGUAUGAUAAAGUUGGACACCAUGCCUUCAGUAUGAUUCCCCAGACAGCUAUGGAUGCAUGGCAAUGCAACAUAUGUGGUUGUGAAUCAGGGAGGGGGUUUGAGGUGACUUUUGAAUUACUUCCGAGGCUCAAUAAAAUGACAUUUGACAGUGUGAUGGAUGAACUGUUGUUUCUCGAUUUACCACGUGAGCGUAGAUUCCCUUCUGGAUUAAUGAUGUUGGAAUAUGAAAAAGCAGUUCAAGAGAGUGUCUAUGAGAAACUUCGUGUUGUUCGUGAGGGUCAUCUACGCAUUAUUUACACCCAUGAUUUGAAGAUAUUGUCCUGGGAAUUUUGUUCACGGCAUCAUGAAGAACUUUUGCCUCGAACUUUCCUUGCAUCUCAGGUUAAUCAGUUGGUUCAUGCCGCACGGAUGCGUAAAAGCACCGAUGGUGGAAGUGCUUCUGUUGUGGUGGCACCAGAGGAUUUACAAGCAAAUUGUGAUACAACAGCAGGACCAAAUAUGUUUGCUUUGUAUGGUUGUAAGCUCAAAGAUAUAUAUGCUGCUCUAGGUAUACUAGAAAAAUUAACCUUUGGGAAGACAAGGCCAUAUGAAGCAGUUAUUAUUUAUUCCCUCUUCCACUUUAACAGGUUCUUGGUGGCUGGAAGUCAACUUGCGAGAACUUUGGACUUACAGCUGGUUGACGACUUUGGAUUUGCCAAAAGAUAUACCCGGUGCUUGCAGAUUGCUGAGAUUGUCAACAUUAUGAAAGAUUUAAUGACUUUCUCCCGGAAUAAUAACAUGGGACCAAUGGAGAGCUUGAAGAAUUAUUCCCGAGAAACCACCACAACCAAGCUUUGGAAAGAGGAAUUAGAAGAAAAGGAGGGUGUUGGGAGUGCUCAAGGUUUGCCAACUGACAAGGAUAAGUUGAUUGCUGCACCCACUGCUCCUGGCAGCAACGUGAAUGAUAGUCUAGUUAUGAGCAAUGGAGUACAUUUGACUAGCUCAGAACAGGGGGCAUUGGUGCUGCCAGAUUAUUAUCACAAAUUGCUGAGACAGAAGUCCUUGACCUCUGAUGUGGGUGAAGUGAAGCAGCAGAGUUAUUCUCCAUAUGUGUCCAACCAGGGUGCACCUUUUAAACCAUAUAAAGGUCCUAAAACCUCGAGUCCAGGGCUACUUCAAAACUCACCAAUGGAUGGUUUGUCAAGUUCCCAUUCAUUGGAAGGCAGCCAGAAUAAACCGGACCAGGCAAUCCAAAAGAUACUUCAGGAGAUGGUCAACAACAGCAGAAAAGUGAAUGGGACAGCUGGGGACAGAGUUAUCCGUGAGGUUGGCAAGAGUACUGUUGUUGACUUGCCUACAAGAGGCAAGGAAAUAGAUGUUCGAAAUGGGUUAAGUUCUGGGAACGGCACAGCGGUCGGGGUUGUCCCCGGAAACACAUUGAGUGGUACUGCAGGGAGGAUCAGCAGCUCAGGAACUGUCUUUAAUAGAGAGUCCUCCGAGUUUUGUGUCAACAACAGCUUCAUGAAGAAGAGAGAACCAGAUGUCCUGGAGAAGCUUCAUCUGCCUGAGGUGCUCCUGAAUAUGAUUCAUGGUUGUCAUCAAAAUGGAGACUAUAGUGGUAACAGUGAUGAUAUGUGCUAUGGAUGGAAGGCCUGACAAUUUUGGGUUACUUGUUUUAGUGGAUUUGACACAAUGUUGGGAAGUAGUUAGCAUCAAGUUUGUACAGUUCUGCAGCAGCUUUUGUUCUGCCCUCUUACUAAUAUUACAUGAAGCAAAGAACAUACAUAUUAUUUACUUUUUGAGUACAAUACUACAAGAAUGCUAGCUUGAAGCUUGUUCAGUGUCAUACAUGUGUAAACUGGUAUCCUUAACAAUCUUGAAUAGUAUUGACAAACAUGUGAUAUUCUACUAAAUGGUUCUUGGGGAGUCGUAUUCAGCUUGAAUUUAUACUGAAUCUUCUGAUUGUGUAUAUCAGUCUAUGUUAUGAUAAUAAAUUAUAAGGGAUAUAU